GAGAGAGAAAGAGAAAAGAAAGCAGAGUCGGCGCCCAUUGUCCCCGCCGACCAAUCAUAACGUCGUUUUCACCUCUUUUCAAUUCUCUUACACACCUCCUCGUUUUUUUCCACUGUCGUUUAAUUUCCCUCUUCUCUAUUAUACCAAUCGUCUUUUAUUAUUCUUAAACCCUUAUCCAAUUUUUCUUCUCUCUUCUUUCUCUUCGCAUUCCCUUCACCUCUAAUUUUAUUAUAUAUAUAUAUAUAAUUAAAUACGUAGUAUAUUUAAUUUCACACUUUUCUAUCUUUCGUGUAGCCUGGUUCUUCCGAAUUUCAAUCUUUUUUCUAAAAAUCGGAAGGAUUCCUGGCUUUUAACCUAGUUUAUUUUCAUUCUCGUUCUUAAGUUUCUUGUUUUAGUCUUUAUUUUAGUUCUUAAAAUUUUCGGAUAAUUAUGAAAUCAACGGUUGAAGGAUCGAUGGUAGCUGAGAGGUUUGAUGAUGGUGAAAAGGAUAAGAAGAAGAAGCGCCGAUCCAAUCGUCGAGCCAAGCAAAACCCUCCUUCAUCUUCAGCAUCUGAAGUAAACGAGGCUAUUGGGGUGUCCUCGGAAUGCUUCGAGAAAAAUGGAACACCUACUCAAACAACUGGAUCAUUUAGCAAUUCACUGAAGCAGCAGGGUGUUAAUGUUUCAUCCUCUAAUGAACAAGGAUUAUCCAAAGCAUCCAUUGUUGAAUCUGUUUCGACGGUUCUCACACAUCUCAAUGACCGGGUUGAACCUGUUGAUAUGAAAAACAUGCAAAUACAUGAAGGAGGAAUUGAUCCAAAACUGUGUUUGGUUCCUUGCAGUCCCAUGCAUCUUAAUGCCCAGAGAAAUUAUUUUAGUCCACAUUGGUCUGUAGAGGCUGUGGAGAAAGAAUUGGAGAAGGGUGAUGUCUAUAAAGCUGUCUUUCAUGUCAAUGCUCACAAUAAACUUGAGGCCUACUGCAAAAUUGAAGGAGUGCCAACGGAUAUUCUCAUUGGUGGGGUUCCAGCCCAGAAUAGAGCUGUGGAAGGUGACAUUGUUGCAAUUAAGAUUGAUCCUUUGCCAUUGUGGACAAAAAUGAAAGGAGUAAAUGGGGGUAGCAACAAUACCGAAGUACGUGAUGGUUGUAAUGUUCUUGUGGAAGAUAGUAAUGUAAGUGACAAUAACCACGGGACUUCCAUGCACAGAAGCUCUCUUGGUCAAAACAAGGAGGAAUCUUAUCAAAACUCUUCUCCUUGUAGGAAUUAUCCAUUUUCUGAGAAAAGGUACAUUUAUGAGGAUAACACUGCACAGGGUUUGGCCAACCAUUUAAGUCUAGUUGCACUAGCCGGCUGUGAUAGCAAUAAUGGACUUCACUUUGAAGGAUCUGCUUCAUUGAAGAUUAAUUCUGGUGGUGGACAGAGUGAAGUUAUGAAUGUGGUGAAGCAGUUGUGUUUGUUGGUUAAUUCAUUCCCUUCUAAAAGACCAACUGGCAGGGUGGUUGCUAUUAUUGAGAGGUCUCCACGUCGAGAGUGUAUUGUUGGUCAUCUUAAUCUGAAGCAAUGUGGUCUUUUUCAGGACAUAAACAAGAAAGAUGCAAGAAAGAAUAAGAAUUUUGUUUCUGAGCAUGAAUACAUCCAACUGCUGCCAAUUGAUCCAAAGUUUCCUAACAUAAAACUUCUUGUCAGAGAGUUACCAGAGAAUAUUAAGAGAAGGCUGAAAAGUGACGAUGCAACAAUUGAAAUGGAUCUGGUAGCUGCACAACUUGAUGAUUGGGUAGGAGAAAGUCCUUUUCCUGAGGGUCAUAUCUUGCAUGUUUUUGGACGAGGUAGUGAACUUCAGCCCCAAUUAGAUGCUAUUUUGUUUCAGAAUGAAAUCUGUUUUUCAGAAUUUUCACCUGAAGCUCUGUCCUGUCUGCCAUGUCUUCCUUGGGAGUUACCAUUAAAGGAAUUGAAAAGUCGAACUGAUCUUAGAAAUUUGUGCAUAUUUACUAUUGAUCCUUCAACUGCAAUUGAUCUGGAUGAUGCACUGUCAAUUGAGAAGUUGCCUAAUGGAAAUUAUAGAGUAGGCAUCCAUAUUGCUGAUGCAUCUUACUUUGUUCUACCAGAUACAGCUUUAGAUAAGGAGGCUCAGCUACGGUCAACGAGCGUUUAUAUGUUGCAAAAGAAGUUAUCAAUGUUGCCUGCAUUAAUCUCCGACAAUAUUGGAUCACUUAAUCCUGGAGUGGAUCGGCUUGCAGUUUCCAUGCUCCUGGAUGUAACUGUUGCUGGGGAGGUUGUGGACCGUUGGAUCGGUCGUACUGUUAUUAAAUCUUGUUGUAAGCUUUCAUAUGAAAAUGCGCAAGACAUCAUUGAUAAGGCUUUUGAUUUUGAGAGAUCAAACAUUUAUGAGGAUAACUAUCCUAAAGUGCAUGGCCAUUUUGUAUGGCCUGAUGUAAUUACAUCUCUGAAGAGUCUAUAUGAAAUUUCAAAUGUCUUGAAACGUAAGAGAUUUACUGAAGGGGCUCUGCGGCUUAAUACUCCCAAAAUCGUUAUCCUGUUUGAUGAGAAUGGCAUUCCUUAUGAUAGUAUGUUUUCUGAACAGAAAGAAUCAAAUUUUCUUAUUGAGGAAUUUAUGCUUUUGGCCAAUACAACAGCGGCUGAAAUCAUAUCUAGAGCUUAUCCUAAUGUUUCACUAUUGCGGAGGCAUCCUGAACCUAAUAUGCGAAAGCUGAGAGAGUUUUCUGCAUUUUGUCAGAAGCAUGGCUUUAAUUUGGACAUUUCUUCAUCAGGUCAGAUCCAUUGGUCCUUAGAGAAAAUAAAGGAAAAGCUCAAUGGUGACCCUGUGUUUUACGAUAUUCUUAUUUCCUAUGCUACAAGGCCAAUGCAGUUGGCAUCUUACUUUUGUAGUGGCGAUUUAAAGGACAAUGAACAUGAAUGGGCUCAUUAUUCACUUGCUGUCCCUUUAUACACUCAUUUUACAUCACCUUUACGACGAUAUUCAGAUAUUGUUGUUCAUCGGACACUACUUGCUACGAUAGAGGCUGAGGAAAAAUAUUUGAAGCAGGUGGCAAGGGAAGUGGAAGUGAAAAAUAGAUGUUUCACAGGAAUCUACUUUGAUAAAAAAGCUGCUGAAUCUGUUGAAGGUAAGGAAGCUUUAUCAGCUGCAGCUUUGAAGCAUAGGGUUCCAAGUGCUAAAAUACUUGGAAAUAUUGCUGCUCAUUGCAAUGACAGAAAGCUAGCUAGUAGAUAUGUUAAGGAUGCCUGUGAUAGACUUUACAUGUGGUAUCUCCUGAAGCAUCAGAAGGUCUUGUUAUCAGAAGCAAGAAUAAUGGGACUAGGCCCAAAAUUCAUGUCAGUUUAUAUUCAGAAGCUAGCUAUUGAGAAACGCAUAUAUUAUGAUGAAGUUGAAGGUUUGACUGCAGAGUGGCUCGAGGCAACGUCCACAUUGGUGCUUAGCAUGUCUCUUAAUAAGCGUGCAUUAAGGAGGGGAAGCCCUAACAAAUGGAGGGCAUUGUCAGAAGUUGCAUUGAUUGCCUGUCCAUAUGACCUGAAAGUUACAGUGGAUAGUUCUGAUCAAUGUGAUUUGGAAGUGGAUGCUAUGGUAUCUAACACAAACCAGCAACAUAUUUCAAUAUCUGACUCUUCUGUGGCUGAAAUUGAGCCUGCGGUUUUUCCACUCACAGUGCAUCUCCUUUCAAAAAUUCCUGUAGCACUUCAUGCUGUUGGUGGUGAUGAUGGGCCUCUUGAUUUUGGGGUUAGGAUGUACAUGAGCUCAUAUAUGUGGUGAAUCUGUCAGAUUCUCUUAAUGGAAUGGACUUAACUUCAUUGUAGAAUAGUGUAUAGUUCGACAGGCAUAGGUGCGAAAACUUACAUAUAAAUAUGCUAAUGCUUUAUGAACACGUUCAAAAGUGAAAGUUGGAGUAGGUGUAGGUAAAAAGGUGGGGUAACAGAAUCUCCUUACUGGAAUUGGUGCUUGUUUUUGUUGGCCCGUUCCAUUUACUAAGUACGUGCACGUAUUUUGAUUCUACUAUAGACAGACCAAUUCAUACUACUUUCUGGUUUUGGUUUGACAGCGGCCCAAUUAUUUUUUUGAUUUUGGGUGGCUACUCAUAUAUUUGAUCUUCUAAGACAUCUCUGUAUUUCAGUUUUUGGAAUUGAAUAAUCGUUUAUGACAUUUGCUGGAGUUUAUUUGUUAUUGUAAUGUUGUUUUGUUGUUA